AAAGCGUAACUGGCACGGAGCAUCCGAGCCGGUGUCGCAAGCGUUAUAAAUAUGAACGGGACACGCGAAUCGGCUGUCAGUAGUGAUCGGUCGUCGAUCGCGUGCGCAACCGCAGGCCGCCUGCAGACUCAUAUAAUUCGCGUACGACAUUAUAAUACCAUUUUAUCGUUUUCGACAGUUCGUAAUACAAUAUAUAAUAUCAUAUAUGCGGCACGCACACGUCGCGAUAUCAUAAAAGUCGGAUUCGAAGUUUUAGGCGUUGUCUCCGCCGAAAACCUGUCGACCGAUGGCGCGACGCAAAAGGUCGCGCUUGGUCGACAUGGGGCCCACCAAGCUGUUGGUGUACUCUGCGCUGUGCUUCGCGAUAUUCGCCGCGCGGGCCGGUUAUUCGCGCGAGAUACCCGCCGACCCGGCGGGUGAAGUCGUGACGAUCACCCCGGCGAUGUCGGUCACCGCCGCCGCCGACAUUGCUGCCACGUCGGCGGCGGGAAGUGACGACCCGAAGGCGGUGGCCGCUUCCCAACACCGGACGUCCGCGGUGGCACCGCCCCCGCCGUCGUCCGCUUUGGCGCCGGCGGCACAGGAUCAGGCGGUGGCCGCGUCCCACAAGAAAAAGAAAAAAAAGUCCAAGUCGUCCAAGGGCGGUGGGUCGAAGAAAAAGUCCGAACACCAUUCGAAAAAGGGUCACAAGGCCGACAAGGGCUACAAGACCAAACAUCACUUCGACAAAGGCGACAAGGGCAAGCACGGCAAGGAGGAGCACGAAGGUCACUAUAAGAAGGAAGGUGGUCACAAAAAAAAGAAACACGACGAAGCCGAGAAGUACGGUCAUCACCACAAGGGCGAGAAGGGUCACAAGGGCGCCAAGUUCGGCGAAAAGAAGGGCCACAAAAAAGGGCACAAGACGAAAGGGUACCACAACAAGUUCCACAAAGACGAGUACCACAAGGAACACAAGUUCUACGAUGACUUCCACAAGGGUGGGCACCACAAGAAACACGGCGCGCACCACAAGAAGCACGAGAACAAGGAAGGCAAGCAUAAAAAGGGCGCUCACCAUAAGUCGGGUCACCACGCAGAUAAAUAUGGCAAAAAGGGACACAAAGAGAAGGGUCACUACGACAAAGAGCACAAAGGACACAAGGGUAAAAAGGGCCAUGAUGAACACCAUUCACAUCACGAAGACUACGGCAAGAAAGGCGGACACAAGCACCACAAGAAGUACGGAUAUAGCAAAAAGAAGCAAGGAUAAACCACCGGAAAACGGCUCCAAAUUAUAUUCACGUACUGAAUCAUUAAUUUGUUUUACCGUUAUUAUUAUUAUUAUUAUUCUUAAUAUUAAAUCAUGUCUGUUUGUUAUUUAUUGUUUUGUGUAUUGUCGUGCGAGUAUGAUAAUGUAUAUUAUAUUUGAUAUAUUUUAUAUAAUAUGUUAUGGUAAUAAUAUAAUAGCCAAAAAAAAAAAAAGAUAAAUAAUAAUAACUUAAUAUUAUGUACAA